AUGACAGAAGAUAGUUUUUUUUUACCAUUUAAUUACCCUCAAGAUCAUCAUCUGUCGGAUAUAAUAAGGCGAUGUAAGGAUGCUGAAACAUGCAGAUGGUGCAAGGAAAUCGACGACGUGAAAUCAGGAGCGGUGGAGAGGGUGAAGAUUUUGGGCGCCGAGGCUGCUGAGAGGGAGGCGAGGGCGAAUGGGGUCGAGAGGGAAUUGCGACUCGAACGAGAAUGGCGGACCUCCUUGCAGGAAGCAUCGAUCUCUAACGCGGAGAAGAUCUCUCAAUUACAUCAGGAAAUCGAUCAGUUGAGGCGGGUGUCCGAGCACCACUGUAGAAACUGCGGCAAGAUCUUCUGCAACGCUUGCAGCGACAACACCACAUCCCUGCCGAAUUCAUCGAAACCUGUACGCGUGUGCGACGAGUGUUACGUGUUCCUGGUCGGCCGUUACACGUGUGCACGCUAG